ACAUGACCAUCUAGUAACAUUUAGUUAAUGGUGAAAUCGAUUUCCGUGUAGGACAAACGGCGCUAUUUCUUGUUGUCUUUUGUCGUAACAACUGAAAAUAUGGCUGAGGCAGAGGAAACUCAAAAGAAAAAGAGAACUUUCCGAAAGUUCACCUUUCGAGGAGUUGAUCUCGAUCAACUCCUUGAUAUGCCAAAUGAGCAACUUAUGGUUUUGAUGCAUGCUCGAGCUCGUAGGCGAUUCUCUCAUGGUCUGAAAAGAAAAUCUAUGGCUCUGGUAAAGAAACUGCGUAAAGCAAAAAAGGAAACCCCACCAAAUGAAAAGCCAGAGAUUGUUAAAACUCAUUUGCGUAACAUGAUUAUAGUGCCAGAAAUGGUAGGGUCGAUUGUUGGUGUUUAUAAUGGUAAAACAUUUAAUCAAGUUGAAAUCAAGCCAGAAAUGAUUGGUCAUUAUUUGGGAGAGUUCUCUGUUACUUAUAAACCUGUGAAGCACGGUAGACCUGGUAUUGGUGCUACCCAUUCUUCAAGAUUUAUUCCUCUAAAAUAAUUUAUAUUCAAUGUGAAUAAAAUAUACAAAAA